AUGGACUUAAUUCUAAAAGUCUUAAUUGGUCAAAGUGCUGUUGGCUGUUAUGUUUACAGUCCUAGCAAUUCGGCUGAAAAUCACGGAGCUUAUGUGGUUUACGUUCCUACUGUAGCACCCACAGAAAGUUUACCGCCUGUUGUAGUUGCAACACCAAAUAUUCUCAAUAAGCUCGAAACACAGCACCUUAUAAAAAUGUGUGGGAACCUUAUCGACAAGUACCAUGUAGAGCCUGUGGUAUUGACCCUAUCUAUCGAUAAAGUACAAGAAGGAAUAGCCAGGAUGCUCACCGAAACCACGAAAGCACCCUUCAUGAGAAAAUUGCCCUGUCAUUUUUGGGCUCAAGACCAUUGUGUGAUUAGCAAAACUAUACUUCAGAAAUUCCUUACUGCACCUUUACCACCACUAGCUGCACUGGCUUAUGUUCUCAUCUCGCAAGAAGUAACUCCGCUUGGCUUGGAGCAUAAAAAUGAUGCCACUGUACAAAUGUUGUAUGAUAUCAAAAAUAAGACGAUCGAACAGACAUCUCAUCAUGAUGAACUCUUGUUGAAAGUUUGUAAAAACAGUUUGUACCAAUAUAAAAGGAUCCUGGGGGCUCUGGAAGAGGAUAAAAGAGAUACAAAACGGAUACGCUCUUUGGCUAUUGAUGGAUUAUGUUAUGCCGAAACAUAUUUAAAUAAAUACGCACCAGAAGACUCUACAUUAAAUAUAGAAGGGGAUGUAGAAGCCGGUUGCAGCAACAAUGAUAGCAGUAAGUGCUCAACCCCAACUAAGAUUACUACCAGAGCGAAGGGAAAAAUGUCAGAUAUGGAAUGGGCUAAAAAAGUAACCGACGAUUUCAAAAAAAAGAAUGGGAGAAUGAAUUGGCAAGCUUGUUUCGACAUGGGACGCGAAGCUGGCUAUUUCAGUAAUUAUGCAAACGUGAAUAGCCUCAAAAACUCAUACAAUAGGAUGAAGAUGAAAAAUGGAUUGUAA